CUGGUGGCCGUGACAGCCACGUGCUGGAUGACCGUCAUCCCGCCAUCCUCACCCUCUGCUUCCCCCAGUCCUUUCCGUACGGCUUUUCUGGUCAGCGCCCCCGCGGCAUGUCUUUUCCGGCGUAUUGUCGCCACCUGCUGCACCGCGUGCCACGAACGCAAUUCGGCGGCAAUCUCAUGCUGCUGGCACGCAUGUACGACAUCUGCGUGCGCCACGAAAGCAUGGUGCAAGUGGGCAUUACCAUGAACAUGCGGCCGCAUCUUGGCGAGCCAGCAGCGUGUGUGCCGUGUGAUGUCAUCCGUGCUAUGGGCACCAUACUGGCACUGCCGUAUCGGCACUCGCAGCGGCGGCAGCUGCUUGCGCAGCAGUCGCCGCUGGUUAAGGUGCUGGUGGAGGGGGCCCGCCUCAGUACUCUGCGCCUCGACCUCACAGAUGCUUAUUACAAUGGUGCGCGAUCCAAGAUGCAUGCAGCCGCCCUCACCAUUGGCUGGCCCCCGCUGUUCUUCACCGUAAAUCCGGCAGAUAUGCAUGCAGCCUGUGCAGUCAUGGCCUCCGGACAGGUGUUGGACUUCGACGAUGACGGACGACCGCAACAUAUCCCGAGCACGGUGGAGAAGUGGCGGCGUGUGAAGGAUGACCCGUACAGUUGCGCCGCCCUGCUGGUGGCCACCAAGGAGGUUCUGGUGGAGGAGCUCUUCGGCUUCACGCCGGGCGCCAUGCAGCAGACGAACCCGCGCUGCUUCUGCGGGCUCACGUUUGAGGUGGCAGUCAAGGUGGAGCAGAGCGGCCGCCUCGCCCUGCACAUCCACGGUGUUGCACAUGUGGCCGAUAUGUGGCCG